GUACGGUUGUUGAUGGUGAAUUAGCGCCAUCUGCUAUCUAAGCGCGGGCGUGGGAGGAUUUAGACCAAUCACAAGCCACAACCCCUGAUGACUCAGCUGAAGAAGGACAAUUGUGGAUCUGAAGCUUCAUCUUCCCCCCGGAAACCAGGCAGUUGUAUUAAUUCCAGGGACCUCCCAGAGCCGACUCAAUUGCUUUGCUUCCGUCGAGAUACUUGGAAACGAGCAUCCUUGGAGAGUAGGUCGCCGCGGAAUGAGUCUUGCUGUCCAUUUCUGAGUACAACAAGGGGCUUCAUAUUCCAAAAUGUCUCAAGAAACCCAACAGAUUGCCAACAGCCAUAUCGGUCCUUGGAGGACCGAGGCCCAGGGCCAUCUGACCACCGAUGAGAACGGCGAUCCCAAAACAGACUAUUCGCGUUGGAGACUUCGUGAUGACAGUGGCCGUCAGACAUGGCAUUAUCUCGAGUCUGACGAUGAGAACAAUGCAUGGCCUCAAACAGUGGCCGACAAGUAUCAUCUUGGGCUUCCUACGGGAUUGCCCGAGCUACCCCGGGCGACUACUCCGCUGCAGGCAGCCGAGAAUGGCUUGUCUUUCUUCUCUCAGUUGCAGCUAGAGCCGGGAAACUGGGCGUGUGAGUAUGGUGGUCCAAUGUUCCUGCUGCCAGGUAUCAUCAUCACUUACUAUGUCACAAACACCCCAAUCCCGCCGGAGUAUGCAAUUGAGAUCAGACGAUAUCUGUUCCAUCGGCAGCAUCCCGUGGAUGGUGGCUGGGGUCUGCAUAUUGAGGCUCACAGUUCGGUCUUCGGCACGGCAAUGAACUACGUCACCUUGCGUCUCCUUGGCGUGAGUGAGGAAGACCCCCGUAUGGUGAAGGCGCGUGGUCUGCUGCACAGCUUUGGAGGUGCCAUCUAUGGACCUCACUGGGCCAAAUUCUGGCUCAGCGUGCUUGGUGUCAUGGACUGGGAGUGUGUGAACCCUGUUCCUCCUGAGCUCUGGCUCCUUCCAGACUGGGUUCCUUUUGCUCCUUGGAGAUGGUGGAUUCAUAUGCGCCAGGUUUUCCUCCCUAUGGGUUACCUGUGGUCGAAGAGAUUCACCCAUCCUCUGGACCCGCUCACCAAGCAGCUUCGGGAAGAGCUCUAUACGCAGCCCUAUGAUAGCAUCGAUUUUGCUGCCCAUCGUUGCUCCAUCGCUGAAGCCGACAAUUAUUACCCAAAGACUUGGAUCCUCAACGCGGCUAACUGGUUCCUCGUGAAGCUCUGGAACCCUUAUCUUCGACCAUCCUUCGUGAAAAAGCGUGCAGAGGACUGGACUUGGGAGCUCAUCCGGAUGGAGGAUGAGAAUACUGAUUAUGCGGGACUCGGGCCAGUCAACAACCCGAUGAACAUGGUAGCCUGUUACCUGCAUGAUGGUCCAGAUAGUUACUCUGUCCGUCGCCACCGUGAGCGUCUGAACGACUAUAUGUGGGUGAAAAACGAGGGUAUGCUGGCCAAUGGCACCAACGGAGUGCAAAUCUGGGAUACUGCCUUCAUAACGCAGGCCAUUGUCGUGGCCGGGUUUGCAGAUGAUCCGAAAUGGAGACCGAUGCUUACCAAGGCCCUGGAAUUCUUCGAAGAUCAUCAGAUUCGCGAGAACGUCCCAGAUCAGGAUAAGUGUUACCGCCAGCACCGUAAGGGCGCCUGGCCAUUCAGCACAAAGACUCAGGGAUACGUAGUCACCGACUGCACGGCGGAAGGGCUGAGGUCUACAAUUCAGCUUCAGGAAAUGCACGGCUAUGAGAAGAUCAUCUCCGCUGAACGUUUGAAGGACGCCGUUGACUGCCUGUUGCUCAUGCAGAAUCCGUCUGGAGGCUUCAGUGAAUACGAAAACGCGCGUGGUUCAGAGAAGCUGGAGAUGUUGAAUGCUGCCGAGGUUUUUGGUGGUAUCAUGGUUAGCCAUGACUACCCCGAAUGCACAACUGCCACUGUGACGGCUCUGUCCUUGUUCAGCCAGUUCUACCCAGAUUAUCGCGCUGACGAGAUCAGGGCCGUGAAGGAAAAGGCCGUGAAGUUUAUCAAACGCGUGCAGAGAGCUGAUGGUAGCUGGUACGGAUCGUGGGGCAUUUGCUUCACUUAUGCUGCCAUGUUCGCCCUCGAGAGUCUCACCAGCAUUGGAGAGACGUACGCUACUAGCGACUAUUCGCGUCGUGGUUGCGAGUUUCUGCUGUCGAAGCAGAAGGAGGACGGAGGUUGGGGCGAAUCCUAUCUUAGUUCUGAGAGGCACGUUUACGUUCAGCACCAGACCUCUCAGGUCGUGCAGACUGCCUGGGCCUGUCUUGCUCUCAUGGAGGCCGAGUACCCCAACCCAGAGCCCAUCCGCAGAGGUAUCAAAUUGAUAAUGUCGCGACAGCAGAUGAAUGGUGAAUGGCUGCAGGAGGCUAUCGAAGGUGUUUUUAACCAGUCUUGCAUGAUUUCAUACCCGAAUUACAAGUUGUACUGGCCCAUCAGAGCCUUGGGUCUUUAUGCCAAGACAUUUGGCAAUGAAAGCAUCUGACCGAAAAUGUUGCCGGUUUGAUAUGAAAAGUCUCUGCUUUCCUACACUAUUGCCCCUCUCAUGUCUAUGGGGAGAUGUAACAAUAGCUCUUUAUUAAUUUCUAAUAUGUUCAUAACGAGAUCUUCCAUCUGGAAUCUUUUUUCCCCAGAGUUUCUUCUAUUCAACUACUAGUGUCUUGUUAGUGAUAUCUCUUAAGCAUAUUAUCUGCUAAUGAUAACUAGGAUACUACGGGACGUCUAUAACUGCUCAAUUACUGACAAUCUCUCUCAAUUAUUAUGGCCCAAUAUUUAUUGUUUGAUGGCUCUAUCGAUAAGA